AUGGCAUCACGCAGAGCACAAAAGGCAGUCGAGACCCUCGGGACUCAUUCAAAUCAACGAGCAAAAGUGCUCCGCAGAUACAUCUUCAUCUGCCUAGGAUGUUUGGCCGUGUCUACCGUCGUCGUUGUGAUGGAGGCAUACGCCCUUUUGGCUCUGCAGUUCUGCGACGGUGAAGACCUCAUGUCCCUGUACUGGUCAACAUGGACCAUGCUCCAGGUUGGUUCACUGAUUGCCAUUGCGGGCGUCAUUUUGGCCUUGUGCCAUAACCUCAGAAAUCGCCAGCACCCACCCUGGGCGCUCGCAUUGGGAACUCCGGUUCUCGUGAUUGCAGGAAUUCUGCACUUAUUCCAUGACUGUACAAGAAAGAGAAUCAAAAAGUUGCGACGGCCAGCGGGCAGUGCAUCCGACGACGGCCAGGAACCACGUAUUAGCCAAGCGAAUACCAUUGAAAAUUGUAGCCACGAAGACAAAUGCUCCGAUAUCCAAGCCGAGUUCAUUGGCUUUACGGUGGAGGGUGGCCCGAUUGUGAGAUUCACACAACCAGUGGCGCCGAUGCCACAAGGGCAACUCUUGGGCCGCGACAACGGCGGAGGGUCGACUUUUGCUUUCCCACGGGGAAUGGUUCGGUUUGAAACAGAGGACGAAAUACCAUGA